AUGUCCAAACGAGCCAUUCGAAAUCUCAGGUUCAAUAGGCCGCCAUCAGCUUCAUCCCUAUACCCUUCACCUCAUCGACAUGUCCUACUCCCUUCGACAUCGACCGCCACGGUGACCUCAGGCUCUCGCUCUCUGUCGACCUCUCUGUCUCUCAAUGACUAUAUCUCGACUUUCUCAUACUCCUCGCCGGAAUCUGCUCCCAAAGAUAGACUUCUGCUAGCUAAACAGCGAGAGCUUACCGACAGUCUUCGCGUGAAGGAUCCUAAACCCUCGCGAGUUUGGGCCUACUACUUAGACCUUAUCGACUUUAUGGGCCACGAACAACUCCCUAAAGAAAUUCACCAAGCCGUUCUUCGGAAAUGCAUACCCCCCAUUGCCGACAUUCGUUUUGCCAUCUCGAAACCGAACCGCACAUGGUAUAAUUCAACCGCUCCUCACGGCUAUGAAAACCGGAUGCGAGCCGUCAUUCGUAACAUCCGUGUGGGGGGCAAUGUCCCGGACUUGGAGGACUACAACUUCAUCCUGGAGCACUUCGCUGUAGUCGGUCACUAUAUGGGUGCGAGACAGGUGUUGAGGGAGAUGGCAUUUUUGGGUGUCGAGCCGAGGACGCGAACGUUUGGACUUGUCUUGCAGGCUUUGGCUCAUAGGUUCACCUUUCCGUUCGCGAAGGAUGCGAGGUCGUACUUGAGGGACGACGUGACGAGGGUAUGCAGGGUGGUCAUCAAUUCUAUGGGCAAGAACAACAUCCCGUUUACUUCCGCGAACAUGGAUCUCGCGUUGCGGAUUCUGAAGGAGACGGCGGAUGUGGAUGGGUUCCAGAGGUUACUGAAGUUUGGGUACGGGAUCGACCUAUCCUUUCCGGAUAGUUCCCCUGCAGAUGUGAUAGGCGAGCGAGCCGAUGCACUUGGUGACCAAAGUUAUCAGCCCCUGUCUACCUCGUCUCUCAACUCCAUCAUCGACUUCUUGGGUUCUUCGGGUUCAAUAUCGAAGAUGGUCACCGCCUUUGAAGUUUUGCUGCAACCCCUUCCACGAGAAAACGAUCCUCGUUCCAUUUUCGACGAAGAUGACGAAGAGGAUGUUUUCCCUCCUAGCUCUUCCUCUCAGCAGCCCCAUGUGGCCGACGAAUCAUGGUCAUCCAGUUCCAAUGUCCAAAGCGAAUCCGAACCCAUUGCACCCGCCGAGCCACCCACUCCCAAAGGCCCUCAAACUCUACACCCCCCGCACCUCAAAGCUUACAGGCCGAUGGAUACCGGGACUGUCAGACCUAACAUCACGACUUUCAAUCUCAUCAUCCGCCACGCCUCCAAAGCAGGACACGCCACAUUCGUUCGACACUACCUUCUUCAUGCCGUAUACUACGACCACGCCGAGGAUAGCCAACUUCGCAAGAAGCUUCGCCUGCUAGCCGGCCGUCCUCCAGAGACUCUCGAGGCGCCACACAUGAACAUCAAUCGAGGAACGCUGCUUGCAGCGUUCCACGAAGCUAACCAUGACAAAAAUGUGGAGCUUAUGCGGUUUAUACUGAAGAUGACGAGCAGGGUUUUGAAGAGGAAGAAGGCAAAAGUGGCGUUCUAUUCGAAGUGGAAGGCUGAUUGGGAGAGGCGCGAGCGCAUUGCGGCGAUGGCGCGCGAAGAGGCCAUACUGUCGGAUUCUGUACCCGCUGACGAGGGCGGUGUCAUGUCUGCCUCUGUAGAAUCUUAUGUCCAGGACACGGCCUCGACUUCUCCUCCAACCGAGGAGUCACCAGCCGACUCUGUCGUGUCCUCUUCCGACCAAGCUACCCAACCGUCCACUUUCUUCACGCAAGCUUCGGAUCCGGCUAGCGACGAGACUCUAUCGAGCUCAAUAUCGGAUUCAUCUCCUUCCUUGAUCAAACGCCUCAUCUUCCCUCCCGUUCCUCCUUCCUCCAGCUCAUCUUCCGCCGCACCAACGUUGUCACAGGACCCAUCCCCACCCCAAGCACCUCUGCAACUACCUCACGAUGUCCCUGUUGCUUCUUCCUCGGCCUCCUCGUCCCAACCUUCUACAGUAUCGAAAGCCCCACCACCCGAGGCACUCGACGUCGACAUCGACGCUCCAUUCUACACUCCUCCACCCCAUAAACCGUUCUACAUGAGCGAACACAUCCGCAUCCUUCGCCGUGAUCUCGCCGAGCUCAUGGACCUCGAACAGGUCAUCGUCAAUGCAUUAUCCAAGACACUAUACAGGGUCAAGGAGAGGUUGGGUAGAAGGGUGUGGGGUGAUAGGGACGUGUAUCUCUCGGAGGUGCAGAGCAGAGUGAAGGUUGAGAGGGAUGAGUGGAGACGGGUGGUUAGGUUUAAAGAGCCUAAAAGGGAGGAAGUAAGAGGGAGGUACACGUUAAGGGCGCCUAGGGGAGGAAAUUCAUUCCGGGGACGAUGACCAUGAUGGUAUAUUUAUUCGGAUCGUGCAAUUAGAAGGUGGUGGUGGCUAUGGCGGAGGCGUUGUGGCACCAUCCUCCGCCGGGCUGCUGGGUUGCUUCAUUAGUAGUGCACGCCAAAAUUAUUCACACUGUUCUAUACAUUUUCUGAGAUUAAUUGCAUUUGCAUCUGCUCUCAUUUCAC